UCAGUCCGUCUUCACCAUCUGACGAGAAUAAACGCCAACAGUUUUUUGUGAAUAGAAAAGGGGUGUGCCAUUUCACGUAGAGGCUGUUGUCUUUAAUUUCCGCUUUGAAAAGAAUUGCUGAUUUCGUUUUUCGGCCUUUGCAAUUGGUCAAGUGAUGUGUUAAUUUAUCUGUGUUUGUACGUGAAAUUUCCAACAGUGAUGCAGUGUUAUUGAUGUCAAUAAUACCGCCAAAUAAUUGUUUCCAACUUUUGAACUUGAAUUAUUAAAUUGUUUCGUACAAUUUAAAGAUUCGUCAUGAAUGAACGACUGAACGGGGCCGUCAAACAAGCUCCGGCUCCCAAUGCUCUCUAUUUCAACAUUUUCAAAACUCUUUUCCGGUGGAAAGGAAGCAUAUACAAGUUGGUGUGGAAACACUUUGUAGGCUAUUUUGUAUGCUAUCUUUCGCUGACCAUCUUAUACGAAUUUGCUUUGAAUGAGACGCAAAGAAGGCAUUUCGAAGCGAUGACCAGAUAUAUUUCGAAGAGUGCUUCGACUUUGAAUUUAAUGAUAAUGCUAGGAUUCUUCACGUCUACAGCCCUACAACGUCUUUUUACUAUGCAAACUGCCAUUCCCGGUACGGCCAAAAUCAUUUCCAUGUUUAUGAUGUCAUUGAAAACUGAUCUAACGCAGGGUUCCAAGAUUGUACUUCAGUAUGCCCGAUGGGCAGUUCUCAGUUGGAUUCUUGCUUUCCGUAGCGUCAGUGCCCCCCUACGUGACAAGUACCCGGACCUGUGUUCUCUAGAGAGGGAAGAAAUUCUUUUACCGUCCGAGAGACUGAUCCUUGAACGCGCCGAAAUAGAUGGGGAUUUGACUCCUCCCCCAUUGAUCGUCAUUGAUUGGAUGUUGUUGUUGUUGAAAGAAUGUUUGAAAUGCAGCUGCUACAAUAACAAAUCGAGUCAUCACAAAAACGUUGAAAUGCUUAUGGCGUUCAAGAAGAGCUGCGGAAAUACGAUAAAAUUUUCGAAAAGGAACAUGCCACACGCAAUCGUUCAGGCUGUUAUCAUAGCGGUGUAUUAUUUCGGACUGGUCACGAUGUUGGCCCGUGAUUUGUCCACACCCUCGAUGGGCAAGCCCACACCUCAACAGCCUGACGGCAAUCAAACUGACGUCAUCCAAGAGUCUAUCAAUUCAUUCACGAAAUACCAAGAUAGUGUGCCCCCCGACCAUGACAACAUCGUGAAGACUAUUAUUCUGUACUUCCCCGUAAUGCCUUUCAUGCAGUUUUUCAUCUUCUUUGCUUGGCUGACAUUCGGCGGAAUGGCAGUUGAUCCUUUUGGUAAGGACGAAACUGAUAUCAAAGUCAAACGACUUUUUGAAUAUCAUAUUAAGGACUAUAGGCGUCUAGCAGCUUUGUAUGCACAACAGUUGGAAGACUUGUUCCCCGAUUUGGGAUUGUUCGAUGAACCAUCGCCCCCGGAUGAUUCAGUCGCACAACAAGCCACGUCUCCACUUUUAGAUGAUGUCAAUUCCUUGCCCGAAAUGAGUUUAUUAUUAUCUGUACCAGAGGGAACGGCGAAAGACGAGGUCAGAUUAAAUGAGAUGUCACCGCUGCUCCUCCCUCACACCACAGGUAUCACAAUCGAUGACGCCGUUUGACCGGUGCCAAAAUGCAAAGCCAAGACUGUUGUGCAGUGUCCUUGUUAGAAUGAUGGUCAAGUAUACCAGUGAGAUAUCUUUUCAUUUUGUAAUUGAAAUGGCAAGUGAAAUUCCACGAGCCGGAAUCAAACUUGCCGUACAAAUAAUAAUAUAAUUGCAUCUGUAAUAGAAACCGUUUCACAAAUUAAAUGAAUUCGAUGUAAA